AUGAAUAAUUUUACGUUGACAUUUCAUUCGAAAUAAUUAGAAGAAAACUAUUAAAUAAAUCGAUUAUGGGCGAGGAAGGUCAUUUACUUAGGAAUUAUAACUAUUGUGCUUAUAAAUAAUGUACUCAAAAUCAUAAUUGACUCAGUUGAUGAAAAUAAUACCUCCUGGCCUAUUGAACUAGUAAUAGUAAUUUUGUGUGUGAUUGGAUUGAUUCUAUUCACAAAACUAAAACCUUAUCUUCAUGUAUGUUUAAUACUUAUAAAUUAUAUUUGUGCAAUAGAGUACUUUUAAUUGGACUCUUCAUACUCAAUACAUUAGGCAUAUGCCAAAGGGUGUAAUAUUAUGGUUGUUUAGAUGAUAAUUUUAUUUGGAACAGAAUUUAAACACUGCUUACACUAGAUAAUAUUCAUAUCAACAAUCAGAAUUUUAUUUUCCUUUGUACUUGGUAAUGAAUACAUGGCAUAGUAAUAUUUUUUAAGUUUUUCCUUGAUCAUAGCCUAGAUAAUGACUUAUUAUUUUUUACAUUUGGCUUUGAGGAAGCAAUAUUUACUAAAGUUAAAAGAGGAUUAAUAAUGUAAUUAUUACAUAUAUGAAAAGAGUAGUUUAUACCGAUUGUAAUUAAAUAACCAUUUUAUUAUUUUGAAUAUAAAAGUUUUUAAUUUCAUCUGAUUAAAACAAAUGCUCAUCAACAACAACUUAGUUAAGCCGAUCUCUUGUUAGAUUACUGUUAAGGGUGUCGUUUGAGAUAAAUGCUCAGAAAUUACAAACUCUAAGGUUAGACUUUGGAGUCCUUUAUUAUUGAUAGAAUGAGACAAAGGAAUGCCCAAUAAUACUCUGAACAAGAGCUAGAAAUACAAACUAAUUUUAAAAAUAACCAAAUUAUAUCCUACUCCGAAUUAUUCUCAGAUAAAACCUAAUUCCUAAUAGUUUUCAAAUCAAACGUAACAGAAUUGAGUUAAUACCUACAAAUCAAGGAAUACUAUAAUAAAUUUUAAUAGUUUAUCACCAAUCAUAUCAGCAACACCUACAAAAUCCUUAAAUUGCCCAAAUAAAAAAUAAUUAGAAAUUUAAUCAGACUAAAUUUAAGUUGUACCUCCACUUUCACAUUCUAAUCAUCAACUAUAAAGUCUUUUGACGCAUUAAAGGUUUUGAAAGUAUUAAAAACUAUUGUUCAUCAUGAUGUAAAAAUCAUUUCGAGUGAAGUAGAAUUAGUAGUGCACACAUAUAAAAUUUUGUUCAUAAUUGCAUUCUAUCAUAUUUUUGAAAUUUUUAAUUAGAUGGAUGUUAAUGUUCAUAAACUACUAAAAUUGACUAGCUUAUCAAAUUAGGACUAUACUUAUUUACAGAUUUCGAUUUCAUUUAGUGAAUUAAAUAAUUUUAUAUAAAGGUGGAAUGAUAAUAAAAUUUUGAAGAAACUGGAAAUCAAUUUUUUCUAUGAAAUAAUUCCAAAUGAAAUAUUCAUCAUAACAAUUCGUGAUCUAGGUUUGAGUGUCCCCUAUUAAAAACCCUAUCAAAGAAAAAAACACCCUUACUAUUAAAAUUUUGAUGAUGAAACACAUCAAUUAAAAUAUUGAUCUUUG